AUGCCCCACUCUCUGUUUGUUGUAUUGCUCCUUUUUUUGCUUGGCUGCAUCAGUGGAUAUGCACAAGAAGAGGGUCCACAAGAAGAAACGGUAGCCAUCGUUGAUUCUACUCGUAGUGAACUUUGUAAGCCAAUGACUAUAAGACCACAGACGAGCGGCGAAAAUGUUCAAUUGGAGGCAGUCCAUCAAUUUUAUGCCCCACAUCUUUUUUUCUUUAAUGGUUCUCUUGUGUCAAUUACGGCUGCUGCAGUAUGCCAGGAACAGGGUAGUAACCAGAAUGAAUUCAUUAAAAUUCUGAAAAACAAAAACGAGGAGGGCAAAAAACAAUGGACUGAAAGUAUUGGAUAUGUGUUUCAUUAUUCCAAAGCAAGUGAAUCCGUGAAAAAGGUUUUUGAUAACGAUAAGAACGACUACCAAGCUGCGCUUGCUCUUGUGGAAAGCAAAGAGGAUUCCAGCGGUACUGCAGAUGGGCCACAGAAUUUUACUAUUCGCAUUUUGUGGAUGAAAAGAGGCAAGACUAAAUCUGCAGUUCAUUCGAUGGUGUAUGAUCGUCAGAGUAACAGUUCUUUCUUGUCGCGUCAAGAUUCAACGCUUGUGCGAUUCCUUGCUAAGACGAGUACAUCCAUUUUGACAACGGAAAACAACGUUUCUGUGUUUCCUGUGCAAUUUGUUACGAAAAAUAACAAAAUCAGAUCGACAGUUAUGUAUUACAGGCCGUAUGAUACGAAGUGGAAUGUUGGCGGUUUAACUGACGAAGGUACUUAUAAUCCUACUGUUAUGGAGUGGGAAAAUGAUAAGUUAAUGAUGAUUACGCAGCAUACCAGCGGCCGUUACAGAGUGUACGAGUCCACCGAUUUGGGAAAGAAUUGGAAAGAGUCUACCAGUACACUCUCCCGUAUGUGGGCCAACUCCACUGUAACUGCAGACAUACCAACUAGUGAGCGUGUAAGUCAAAACAAUUUUAUUACGGCAACUAUUGAUAAUAAGAGUGUCAUUCUUUUUACACAGUCUGUGGUAUCUGGAGAAGAGGAGCAACUCUAUCUGUGGGUCACUGAUAACACACGUAUUUAUUACGUUGGCUUGAUUGUUAAGGAUAAAAAAGUGAAGAGCAGCACUUUAUUGUUCAGGGAUAACAAAUUGUACUGUCUGUAUGAUACUGUUGAAGGGACAGAUAAGUACAAAGUCUUUUUUGUGGACCUGACGAACAAGGUAAAAAAGAUAAAAGAGGUGUUGAAUAAGUGGGAUACUAUUGCAUCCAAGGGUAUCUGCUGCACUGAUAAAACAUGUGCUUCUUCUGAUUGUCGUAUUCCCACUACUGGACUGGUGGGCUAUUUGUCUGGAACCAUCGAUGAGGAAAGAAUAUGGAAGGAUGAAUACCUCUGCGUAGAUGCUUCUGUAAGUGGUACGGCAAGGAAGAAUCCUAAUGGAUUUACGUUCAUGGGUAUUGGUGCGGGAGCAAUGUGGCCUGUGAGUACAGAUGGACUGCCGAGGCAGUAUCACUUUACAAACUAUGCAUUUACUCUUGUGGCGACGGUGGCUAUCCACGCGGCACCAAAGAAGGGCAGCAGUCCUGUGUUGGGUGUAAGGCUGAUGGACAAAAAUGGGCAAGAACUUCCUUUUGGUUUGUUGUACAACAACGAUAAAACGUGGAGCACCAUAAACAGGGGAACCAAAAGUAAGUCAACACGUACAUGGGAGUUGAACAAUAAAUAUUCUGUGAUAUUGACAUUUGAAAAUGGUGAAAGCUCUCUGUAUAUUAACGGCAAUCGGCUAGAUGUGGGAACUGACUUGAGAAUCGAAGCAAAUGAAGAAAUAUCCCAUUUUUACUUUGGUGGGUACAGUCGAGAGAAUGAGGAAGUAAAAGUCAAUGUACAUAUAUCAGUGACAAAUGUUAUGUUGUACAAUCGCGUGCUCCUUUCCGCUGAAAUUGAUGAACUGGUCAAGAACAAAGCGAAUGUUUUAUUGUCAGAAAGCGAAAUUAAGGGUAAUUCAGAGCAGGGAACGGCAACAACUGCGGACACAGGGAAUAAGAACAGUGGAGAGGAAGAUAAUACGAAGAAUACUGAGGCUGCGGUUUCUCAAGACAAUGCAACUUCGACUCAAGCGGCAACUACUGCCGUUCGACCUGAGACUGGCACUGAGACUGCGCCGCAGAGAGAAAAUGCCACGUCAGUUAAUAAUACACACCAAACUCAAGGGGAAGCACUAAUCAACAAGAAUGUUAAGGCGCGCCAAAAUAAGACUGUUGAUGGCACUGUUCGUAUCUAUGAAUCUGUAUUGCCAAUGCUUCUGCUGGGAUUGUGGGCUCUUGCAACAGUUCUCCCAUAA